AAUGAAACUCUACGGAAGACAUUUAUCGCGGACGGGUGUUCCAAAAAACUAGUUCCGGGUAUCAACAGCCUGGUGGCUAACAUUAGCUGAAACGCAGUAUCCACUCCACAUUCUACUACAGAGUGGCGUAACAGAAAUCUCGGAACAAGAUGGAUGGUGAAGAGAGAACCUACGGUGGCUGUGAAGGGCCAGAUGCCAUGUAUGUGAAAUUGAUCUCUUCAGAUGGCCAUGAAUUUAUUGUGAAAAGAGAACAUGCCUUGACAUCCGGGACCAUCAAAGCCAUGUUAAGCGGGCCAGGUCAGUUUGCUGAGAACGAAACCAAUGAAGUGAACUUCAGGGAGAUUCCAUCUCACGUCCUGUCCAAGGUCUGCAUGUACUUCACCUACAAGGUCCGUUACACCAACAGCUCCACAGAAAUACCUGAAUUUCCCAUCGCUCCGGAGAUCGCACUGGAACUGCUCAUGGCUGCAAACUUUUUGGAUUGCUAAAGUUACAGAGAUAAUGUAGCAGCUUAAAACAUUUUUUUAGAUUUUUUGAAUAUUUAAAUUGUUUUGCCAUUUACAUGAGUUAAUAAGUAUGUCACCUUCAGUUUGUUUUUUUUUCUUUUGUUUUUUUUUUCCGCACCUGGCUUUCUGUCAUAAUUUUAUUAGUAUUAAAGAAUUUCUUUUUAAUGUAAUAAAUGGAUAUGGCAGGAUGCAUCACUUGCCUCAAAAUGUGAUAAAUGUGCCCCCCCCCGCCCGUACAUCUUUCCUCACCUUUCCAGCUUAAUAAAGACCUGUUUGGUGAGCACUUUGUUGCCUUGUUCCACGUGAAGUGCCACAUUCACUGACUUUAAAUACCACUUUCACAAAUACCUACAUCCUACUUUAGUUGUGUGUUUUAGUCCAGCUCAAGUAAAACAUGACAAAAUGUUUUAAAAUCUACAAACAACAAUUGGCAGAGAUAUUUCACACACUUAAAUACAUAAUUCAGUGUUGAACAUUAGUGGUUUUAUAUAACGGAGAAUAACUUUAAAAAUGUUACUCUUUAUAUGCACUUGAUCAAACACGAUAUGAUGUCUAAUAGAAAAUCUGUUGAAUUCUCUAUAAGGAUAAAAAUGUAAUAACAGCUGGGAAACAAUCAACAUUCAGUUUUAUUUAGAUAGAAAAACUCAUGUUUCAGUGUAAUGUUUAUCUUGUAAUACAACAACCACAGUGGUUGAUGUAAUUGCAAGAGGCAACAACACAGUUGAAAUUGCUUUAUGAGAAUGUCUUACAUCUCAAAUGUGGUUUGUUUAUACUUUUAUAAGUGGUUGGUAGGUGGUAGUCAAUAAUGUGGGUACAUUAACAGUUAAAGUGUAAGCUGAUGGCCAAGAUCUUAUAAUUCCCAAUAAAUGUUGCUUAGAACAUA